AAAACUUCAUGUUUAUAUUUGUAAAAAAAAUGAUGAUUAGAGUAUGAAAAUUUCCCAAGAAGGCGAUGGCGAUGAGAUCUGAGUUUUGAAUGUUGUGUUCUGGCGAAGAUGGGAGACAGAGAGAGGGUCUCUUGUGUGCUCCGGUGGGUGAGAGGAAUCGGGGUUAGACCGGAAGUCUGAUUCUGAUCUUCCAAAGGCCUUCCCCUUUGGUAAUAGACUCCGAUUUUAAAAGUGGGAAUCUGCUGCAAUCGAGUCUUUAUGGUUUGAUUUGGCUUGAUCUGAAGAAUCACUUAUGGUGUCACAGUUGGGCUGACAGCAGGAUUGAGGGAAUGAUUUUGGUUAUUGAUUGGCAUUCGAUAGGAUUUAUGUUAGUGAUUUCGAUCGGUGUUUUAAGGUUAAGAUUCAAUGGUUGUCUCGCUAUGGAAGAUUCUGUUUCUAUAUCUUAUGGUUUACGGGAUUCGGGAUUGAUAGUGAUCCGAUUUGCGUGUGUAUUUUUGGAAUUUGGUUGAUUGGCAUAUCUCGUAUGCUGCAUAAAAGGUUUAGAAUAACCAUAUGGGUAUUUAUUUGGACUCUUGGUCUCAUUUUAAUCUUCCAGUUUGUUCUUAUUCUUAUCCUGCUCUGGUCCUUCUAUUGCGAAUUACAGUGUGAUAUUGUCCAAAGUGUUCGGUUGUUGUGUGGUGUGAGGUUUGUUAUGGCUCAAUCAUCGUUCCUCAAGGGUAAAGCUCCUCUGGUGCGUACAGAAACGGUGAAAAUAUCCAACUCAGUUAUGGCUCAGAGGAUCCAACAGUUUUCUCUCACACUUAUUGGGAGGCUGAUGAAUCCAUCGAUUCAGAGGAUGGAGUCUUUGAUAUCCACUCUGCCUAAGAUAUGGAAGCUCGAAGAUAAAGUGGUGGGAGCUGACCUUGGUCAGGGUACGUUCCAGUUCAACUUUGCAGAGGAGGCUGAUCUGCAAGGAGUCUUACAAAAUGGUCCUUACCAUUUUGAUAGUUGGAUGAUUUCUUUGGUUAAGUAGGAGCCCAUUAUUUCUUCAACCUAUCCGUCUGCCAUCAACUUCUGGGUGAAAGUUACUAGUAUACCGAUGCAUCUUUGGGAGGUUGCUACUCUGGAGGCUAUUGGCAAGAAGAUUGGCUUUAUUCGUGAAGUUGAUGAAGAGACUGGUAGCGUUUGUGUUACUGUCAAUGGUUUCAAUCCCAUUAUCUUUAAGUUGGUUGUGCCUUUUGAUUUUGGUGAUGAAGUGGUAGUUACUCUUGAAUACGAGAAGUUGUUGGGUUACUGUGACAACUGCUGCAGGCUUACCCACGAGGAGAAAGCUUGUCAGGAACUCAUUAAGGUUGCUGGAGAUCAGGCUUUUGGAAAUCAAGUGGAUAACCGAGGGGGUUUAAGACAACAGGGUUUAGUGAAGCAAGGGUUGGUUCACAAUGAUGGUGGAUGGGAGAAGCCUCGAAAGCAUGUUAAGAGAGCUUUGGAUUUUCAAUCUUAUGAUGCGUCUGGGGUGGGUAACUCCGGUUCUUACCAGCAGGAUAGACAUCAGGGUUCAGUCUGGGAACAGAAACGAUCGCACGGUUCGACUGCGAUGGGGUUCUUGGGCGGUAAACGUGAGGUUCAGAUUGCUACUGGGGAACAUAUGGGACAUGUUUCUUCUUUUCCUCUUAACCGCAAGGGAUCAGGGUUGGUUUGACCUAAGCCUUUAUACAAGGCUAACCAUGGUCAUAGGCAUGGUCAUGGUCAUAAAAAUAAACAGAUACAAGAGGUUGUUGGUGAUUGUACUGCUGCUACAGAUUGUGGUGAUUCUCAUUUGGAUACGGAGAUGGCGAGCUCUCCUCAACACGGGAAUGGUAAGGCAUUGGCAGGGUUGGAUUUUGAUGAAGAUAACGAUGAUCUCUUAGAAAAGGUUGAAUUCCCGGAUGGAAAUCCUCAAGAGACGGGCGAGGCUGUGAGUGGAUAGAGUACUGAACUUUUGGUGGGUAUGGGGUCGGGUGGUAAUGCUCCAACCGAGGAGGAUCAGCAAGGUGAUGGUCAAAAACAUAGAGGGGUGGGGAAACAGGGGUCCAAAGCCAUGGAUGGCAAACCUACUGGUGGUAAUCGACUAGUCAAGAAGGGGAUGGUGGCUCUCCCAAAACCACCAGCUCAAGCGUGAAAAUCAUGAGUUGGAACUGUCAGGGUAUUGGGGCAGACCUCACAGAGAAGUAUUUGGGGGACUUAUGGAGGAAGCAUCGACCAGAUAUUUUAUUUUUAUCAGAAACAAAGAAAUGUUUUUCUUAUUUACAAAUAUUUCAGAAUAAAUUUGGUUAUAAUAAAUUGUUUACUGUUGAACCCCGAGGGGCAAGUGGUGGUUUGGCUUUAUUUUUUA